GUGGUGAUGACCACCUGAUGUGCUGCUGUUGUGGCCACGAUCCAUGGAUGGGCUUCAGAAGAAGGUACAUGUAUGGACGUUGGCGUGUCGUGACGUUCCUGGUACCGUCCAGUAUGUACAUGUACCUGUAAUGGAUUUCGGCUAUACCGGCACGCGUGAUAUAUGAUCUUCCAACUUCCAAUCUUCCCGUCGUGUUGUUGCUCGAUCCUGCCGUGCCACGAUACGAGAACAGCAGCGCCAUCAUGGCAAACCCGGCGAACAGAUGUAUCUUUCUGGAACUGCCCGUUGAGCUCCGCCUCGAGAUCUACUCAUAUGCCAUCCUGGAUUGCAAGAACAUCACCAUCGGCACUGCAAAGCUCGUAGGCUGGCCGCCCGAUAUCGUCUACCGCCUCUAUGGCGAGUCACGCGUUCCCCAUCCCGGAAUCCCCGCGCAACACGAGCCUGUUGUCGAGACCGAUUAUUGCCCUACGCUCCUCUCUGCUACGAAGCCUGCGACCAUACCAGCAAACACCGAACCCCCCGAGACCACAUAUGCCCACACGCAAACCGCAUAUCACACAGUGUCUCUGCUCAACAGGCAGAUUGCAGAAGAGCUCAGAAGCCACUUCGCCGUCCCGACGCGCAGGGAAACUUCUCUCUUCGUGAGCUACCCAUAUGGCCUCCAUAUCCUUCAUACCACCACCCCUCAGCUGCUGCGCCAAUCGAAGAGUGUCCACUUAGCAGGAAUAUACACGCCGCGCCUCUCCUGUUCUGAUAGUGCGGCAUCUCUAGGCCCAGCACAAGCACCAAAGCAGGCAAAGCUGCAUGGAGAUGUAGUACCAGACUCAGAAAAACAGCUCGAAGACCUCUUCCGCUUCGCCUUCGGCCCGACGCCGAAGCAACAGAUGGAGAUGAUCGAUAUGAGGAUAUACUAUCCAGGGGGCGACUCCUAUAGCGCUAUCUGGAGUGACGACAAAUCGCCCAUUGUCGUUGCAUUGCAGAAUAUCGGUUAUGCUCGGAUUGGCGUGGACGUAUGGCGCGGUUCGAAUGGCAUCGGAAUGCGCUUGACCGCCAGGCCAGCCACGGCGAACGAGCGGGUGGUCACCAACGGCCUUCAUAAGCUUUACGAGGGCGGCGGAGGAGAUUUCCCUGCACACGGCAGCUGGAUAGUUGACCCUGAGUGGCCUGCUUAUACCGUAUCGGAGAGAUAGAGGACAGACGCGACUGCUGUCUUUACAUCUGCUUGACGUCCUCACUGCAAUUCAAAAGAAAACAGUACUGUCUCAAUGGAUCAGGAUGGCACCAGUGGCUGAAGUUCAGCCUGGGCUGCUCGUAGUGCUGGAACGAGAGGAAUUAUGCUCUCCUACUCAGAGCGAAUCUCUUGGUAACAGAACGAGAGAGUGGUAUCUUGACAGUAAGGUCAACUGAGAACAACACCCCGCAUGCCUGAUGUUGCUCCGAUGGGUCGCUUCCUGACAACAGCAAUAUCGAUUUUGUGUCUCAUACUGCUGUGCAGCUCGCUUGAGUCGCUACACGACAUGCUACAAUACGCAUGCGAGUGACCAUCACCAGGAGUCACUUGGAGCCACUCAGAAGCCGUUCACGCAGUGAUUCGUGUCUUUCUUAAGCUUUUAUUAAGAAUGUAUGCUCCAAGCCGCCUUCUUCCGAGCAGAUACGUCGAUAAGACGUGAUUGACAUGGCAAGUUUGCUCAGCACGAAUCAGCUGCCUAUACAGCUGCAGAUACUCAUUUCAAUCACUCACACAGCAUGCCUGUUACUUCGCUAGGUCUACAGACCUGGCGCCAAGUACAGCUUACGAACGACUACAACAUAUGUCAUAUAUCAUUAUAUCAACUGAUUCCAAGCAGGAAGUCAGCAAUCCCUCACACAAUACAGUACGGUUACACGAUGUUUCUCCUGGUCGUGCUACAACUGCAGUGCGAAGUCCAACGUCACGUCAAAUGUAUGUCACG